AUGGCGGGUGCCUCGUCGCAUCAUUGCCAUUCGCACGCGUCGUGGUGCGCCGUUCUCUGCCUGCUGCUGCUCUCGUUGUCCGCGACUGCGUGGGCUCAGGUGGGAACGGUGUCGCCGACCAAGGCGGAGUACCUGGCGGAGCUCAACACGCUCGCUUCGAGGCUCAAGAAGCAAAGCU